CGAGAAACACCACCGCCUAGAACCUUCUCUUCAUCUCUAGAAAUAUCUCUCUUCAAAAACCCUAAACCCUAAGUGUAUACACACUACACAGACGCAAUUCUCCUUACCAAAUCUAUCGCCUCUCCAUUUCUCAAAAACCCAUGGCUACAGCCGCUCUCCUCCGCUCGAUUCGACGCCGUGAAGUCUCUUCCGCUCCUUUCUCAGCUUACAAAUCCAUUCAAAGCAGCGGGAAAGCAUCAUUGAACAGUUCUUAUCUAGGUCAGAACUUGAGAAGCUUCUCAAGGGCAUUUAGCUCAAAGCCUGCUGGAAAUGACGUCAUCGGUAUUGACUUGGGGACUACUAACUCCUGUGUUGCAGUUAUGGAAGGAAAGAAUCCGAAAGUUAUUGAAAAUGCUGAAGGUGCUAGAACCACACCAUCUGUUGUAGCUUUCAACCCUAAAGGAGAGCUUCUUGUUGGCACACCAGCGAAGCGUCAAGCUGUGACGAAUCCAACGAACACUCUCUUUGGAACGAAGCGUUUGAUUGGGAGGAAGUUUGAUGAUCCACAGACGCAGAAGGAGAUGAAGAUGGUGCCUUACAAGAUUGUGCGUGCACCUAAUGGUGAUGCGUGGGUUGAAGCUAAUGGUCAGCAGUAUUCUCCUAGUCAGGUUGGAGCGUUUGUGUUGACGAAGAUGAAAGAGACUGCUGAAGCUUACUUGGGGAAGUCUGUUAAGAAAGCUGUUGUUACUGUUCCUGCUUAUUUUAAUGAUGCGCAGAGGCAAGCUACUAAGGAUGCUGGUAGGAUUGCUGGUUUGGAUGUGGAGAGGAUUAUUAAUGAGCCGACGGCUGCUGCGCUUUCGUAUGGGAUGACGAAUAAGGAGGGUUUGAUUGCUGUGUUUGAUCUUGGUGGUGGGACUUUUGAUGUGUCUAUUUUGGAGAUUUCUAAUGGGGUUUUCGAGGUGAAAGCUACUAAUGGUGAUACCUUCUUGGGAGGAGAGGAUUUUGAUAAUGCUUUGCUAGACUUUUUGGUGAAUGAGUUCAAGACCAGUGAAGGGAUAGACCUUGCGAAAGAUAGACUUGCUCUGCAGAGGCUUAGAGAAGCUGCUGAGAAGGCGAAGAUUGAGCUAUCAUCAACUUCUCAAACUGAGAUUAAUUUGCCGUUUAUCACAGCUGAUGCAUCCGGAGCAAAGCAUUUCAACAUCACCCUAACAAGGUCAAAAUUUGAAGCUCUGGUGAACAGCUUGAUCGAGAGGACCCGUGAUCCUUGCAAGAACUGUCUCAAGGAUGCUGGUAUAAGUGCUAAGGAAGUUGAUGAGGUUCUUCUUGUUGGAGGGAUGACUCGGGUCCCUAAGGUGCAAACUGUUGUUGCGGAGAUCUUUGGAAAGACUCCUAGUAAAGGUGUGAAUCCUGAUGAGGCUGUUGCUAUGGGAGCUGCACUUCAAGGUGGUAUCCUCCGUGGUGAUGUCAAAGAACUGCUGCUUCUAGAUGUCACACCUCUUUCGCUUGGUAUUGAAACACUUGGUGGUGUCUUUACAAGAUUGAUUGGCCGAAACACAACCAUCCCCACCAAGAAGAGUCAGGAUGACAUCCAGAAGAUGGUUAGAGACGCAGAGUUGCACGCUCAGAAAGACAAGGAAAGAAAAGACUUGAUCGACACCAAGAACACAGCCGACACGACGAUUUAUAGCAUAGAGAAGAGCCUCGGUGAAUACAGAGAGAAGAUCCCGAGUGAAGUCGCCAAGGAGAUUGAAGAUGCUGUGGCGGAUCUAAGGACCGCUUCGUCUGGAGAUGAUGUCAACGAGAUUAAGGCUAAGAUUGAUGCUGCAAACAAAGCUGUUUCAAAGAUAGGAGAGCACAUGUCUGGUGGCGGUUCUGGUGGGGAUUCUGCACCAGGAGGAGGCGGAGCUCAGGGAGGCACCAGUGAUCAAACUCCAGAGGCUGACUACGAGGAAGUGAAGAAGUAA